CUCCUCUCUCCUCGUCCUCCUCCUCCUCCUCGGUAGUACUUGCACUGUACUGCUAGCAGCGGUGUAGCGCAGUAUUCAGAUAACGCACCGGGAAGCAGCUGUGUAACAAAUACAGUUUUAACAUUUCUAGCGGACGAGGCUCUCAAGGAACAACCAAGAAAUCAUGGCUAGCUACCACAAACCCGACGAGAAAACUCUGCAGGGACUGAAAGACGUCGCUAACAAGCUUAGGAUCAACUCCAUCAAGGCAACAUGCGCCUCAAACUCAGGUCACCCCACAUCAUGCUGCAGUGCAGCAGAGCUCAUGUCUGUGCUCUUCUUCCACACCAUGCGCUACAAAGCAGAUGACCCUCGCAACCAGUGUAACGACCGCUUUGUGCUCUCAAAGGGUCAUGCUGCACCUGUCCUGUAUGCCGCCUGGGCUGAGGCAGGUUUUGUGAAGGAGUGUGAUCUGCUUAACCUUCGUAAAUUAGACAGUGAUCUGGAGGGCCACCCCACACCGAAACUGGAGUUUGUUGAUGUGGCUACAGGAUCUCUCGGACAGGGUCUGGGGGCCGCCUGUGGCAUGGCCUACACUGGCAAACAUUUCGACAAAUCUAGUUACCGAGUGUACUGCAUGCUGGGUGAUGGAGAGUGUUCAGAGGGCUCAGUGUGGGAGGCCAUGGCCUUCGCCUCCUACUACCAGCUGGAUAACUUGGUGGCAAUCCUUGAUGUCAACAGACUUGGUCAGAGUGAGGCUGCACCCCUGAAGCAUGACAUGGAGACGUACCGCAAGCGCUGUGAAGCCUUUGGGUGGAACACGUAUGUUGUGGAUGGACAUGAUGUGGAGGAGCUGUGCAAAGCUUUCUGGCAGGCUCAGCAGGUCAAGGGCAAACCUACUUGCAUUGUUGCAAAGACAUUCAAGGGCAAAGGACUCAAAAAUAUUGAAGAUCUUGAUAACUGGCAUGGAAAGCCGAUCCCCAAGGACAGAGUGGAUGACAUCUUGAACGACCUGCAGUCCCUGAUCCAGGUCCCAAACAAGAGCCUGUGCCCCGAGCUGCCUAAAGACGACACAGCACCUGCAGACCUCAGCCCCAUCAUGCUGCCUUCUCCCCCACCAUACAAGAAAGGAGAUAAGAUUGCUACAAGGCGUGCAUACGGUGUGGCCCUGACCAGGCUGGGACAGGUCAGCCAGAGAGUUGUGGCCUUGGAUGGAGACACCAAAAACUCUACUUUCUCAGAGACGUUCAAGAAGUCCUUCCCUGAUCGCUACAUCGAGUGUUUCAUCGCUGAACAGAACAUGGUGGGUGUGGCCAUCGGCUGUGCCACCCGAGAUCGCACAGUUGCAUUUGCCAGCACGUUUGCUGCCUUCUUAUCACGAGCCUAUGAUCAGAUCCGUAUGGGAGCCAUUUCCCAGACAAAUGUCAACCUGGUGGGCUCCCACUGUGGGGUUUCCAUUGGUGAAGACGGUCCAUCCCAGAUGGCCCUGGAGGACUUGGCUAUGUUCCGUGCUAUCCCAACAUGCACUGUGUUUUACCCCAGUGAUGGAGUGUCCACUGAGAGAGCUGUGGAGCUGUCGGCCAACACAAAGGGUAUCUGUUUUAUCCGCACCAGUAGACCAGACACUGCAGUCAUUUACUCUCCAGAAGAGAAGUUUGAAGUGGGCGUAGCCAAGGUGGUGCGCCAGUCCGACAACGACCAUGCGACUGUUAUUGGUGCUGGUGUUACGCUCCAUGAGGCCCUGGCUGCUGCUGACAUGCUGGCCAGUGAAGGGAAGAACAUCCGUGUGAUCGACCCAUUCACCAUCAAACCCCUGGAUGCUGCUACUAUUCUGGCAAGUGCCAGAGCUACUGGGGGACAGAUCAUCACCGUGGAGGACCACUACAAGGAGGGUGGUCUCGGUGAAGCAGUGCUGUCUGCAGUGGGCAGUGAGCCUGGCAUUGUCGUUACUCGGCUGGCGGUGAGCGGUGUUCCCCGCAGCGGAAAGCCCCAAGAACUUCUGGACCUUUUUGGCAUCAGCGCCAAGCACAUCGCUACUGCUGUUCGUCAGACCUUUGCAAACUAAGGACUGCACCUAAUCCCUGGCGUUUGUUUUUCUGCAUCAUUAACACCUUUCUGUCCAAUGUGCAGCUACCUGACACGAUCACAUGAAGACCUGUACAACUGCAAACUUUUCUGGGUUCAAGUGCUAUCCUGUGGCAUCAUUUGUGUGCAGUGUUCUACCCAACUAAUGUAAUCACUGGAUGAGUGUGUAAAGAAGUGCAGUGUUGAAGCCUGUAGUGCAAAUAUUUCCUUCUCUUUAGUGGCCUCUGCUGGUUCUACUGAUACUGCAACAAGCCUUUUUCUAUAAACUUCACAUGCCGAAAAUUGUCCUGUAAGUGACUCAGCCUAAAUAUCACAAAAUACUGUGAUUUUUUUUUUUUUUUUUUAAGGUUGAAUUCAAAUCGGUUACUAAAAGUUUGCUCAGGUUCUGGUCCAUUGUGAACUGUCAGGCCAUGACUUCAGUUCCUCAUUCCAGCCAUCAUUUCCCUCAAACAUUCCUUAUAACCAGACCCCAUGUCCACUUAGCUAGGGUUCAUGCCUCAUUUUUUUUUAGAACUGUUACUGUUGAGCAUUAUCAUGCACUAGAUCCUCAGUUUUAGUUUUCACUCACAGCUUGUAGCACUUGGCUGUGGUAGAGAACUGUUUCUUCAGACUCUGUGUGAAAAUCACUUUAGUUACAAACAGUUUAACAUUCCUGACCACACAGGCAUCACACAAUGUUACUGGUGUUCCAGGUCACAUGUGUCCCCCUGCUCUAGCUGUGAUGUGCUGAAUUAAAAUAAUUAAC